AAUGUCUCGGGUCCUUUGAGCAGGCGCUUUCAUGGCGGCCUAGGCAGGCAGGGCUGCCCCAACACGCAGCCCCAACACGCACUGCUGUUGGCAGCCAUGCCGCGCUUCGACUGCACCACAGCUGCAGGAAUGCGAGACGCCCUCGCGCAGACGUAUCAGUCCGACAGACUCCUGCGCCUGCCCGAGACUUUGCUGAACGAAAUACUGCGGCAGCUCGGCAUCAAAUAUUUGCGGCGCUUCAGUUUUGUCAAUCGGUAUGCGUUGACGCGGGUGCGGGCACGGAUCGCGCGGCUGCCAGAUCCCGACUGGCGCCUCGGGUUCGGCGACAGGCGGUCGCAAGCGACCGUGUAUUACCGGCGCGAAGAGCAGACCGGUGCGGCGUGGCUCAAGCGAUACGAGGAAAGCAUCGUGCUCUGGGACGCGGCCGGCGGCGCGUGCUGUUUUCCACGAACCGCGGCGGCUGCCCGGGCCAAGUGGCGUUGCCAGGUUUGCAUCGGCCCCAUGCCAGCCAUAGGCCACUUAGACCACGCUACGGUGAUGUGUUGUGGUAGUGUGAUGUGCGGUAAAUGUAGGAGGGGCAGCGCAAAUUGCCCGGUCUGUGGAUCGAAUCUACCCCGCCGGCGGGGUCAUCCGACUGCUACGGAGAGUCAAUUACUACGAGAGCAACUACACGAACAUGCGACGAAAGGAAGCGCAAGUGCGCAGUACCAGCUGGGUGGCGAUUACGCCUUCGGGAUUGGCGGCGACAGAGAUAUCCCGGCGGCACUGCUCUGGAACGAACGUGCCGCCCGCCAGGGGCACGCGGGAGCCCAAUUCUCCAUGGCGAGGUAUCUCGACGGAUUGAGGCCUGCAUUCAAGGACCUCCCUCGCAGAGCCGAGUACUUGGCGAUGGCUACCGCACAGCAUAUCAGUCAUUUCGCAGCGAUUGAGGAACUUGGCACAAUGUACUUUGAUGGUGAGAUCCCCACUCCAGACGCCGAGACCAGGUACAAAGAGGCCGUGCGCCUGUUCAAAUUCGAUAUUGAAACCCGGAGCGCCCUGUACUCAUACACCCAGCUCGGGCGCUGUUACCUGCGUGGCCUGGGGGUGCCCGCCGACCGGGGCGAAGCCGAGCGCUUGUGGCGACACGCGGUUAUUAAGAACGAUGAUGAGGAGGCGGCCGAGGAACUGCAGAGCAAUGGAAUGGAGGUGCCGGAAUAUGUCGGCGAUUGAUGUUGCUGUGCAAGUAAGUAUAGUACCAGAUGA